AUGGAUGCGGAUGACCUGCUGGACAUCCUGGAAGACGCCAUAGCUGUGGAUGCCGUUCAGUCAAGGGCGGAGGCAUUUCUUGUUUCAAAAUUGCCGCUAUUCCAAGGUCUCCCGCAAACAGCAGAGGCUCAGGAGCAGCGCUUGGAGUGGCACGAAGCGUAUCGAGAGUAUGUGAGCCUUAUGGAGGAUCUGGUGCUGUCCGCCUGCGCGGCGCAAGCGAAUGAUACGCGGGAGGCGGUCCUGGCUCAACUUGCAGAGGUGGCAGCUGGCGAGGCUGCAGAUCGGAAACAUGCGCGAUUCUUGCUGAGCAUGUUCGAGUACAGCAGCUUCCUGACAACGAUGCAGGAGUUGCUGGACCGGCAGCAACGCGGCCUUCCCUUGAGCUUCGGAUCUCGACCUCCCAAGGCGGCUGCGACAUCUGUCGCUGCUGGAUACAACAACACGUAG